UUGAAGUCUCAAAAGAUGAUGGCUGAAGCAGGAGAACAGGUGGAAGCGUGGAAGAGAAGAAAGAGUCGGGAUAGAAGAAAAACAAAGUAGAGGGCGGUCAUGGAAAAGAAAAGACAACAAAGAAAAAGAAAAAGAGAAACCCAGUGAGAGGAUUUCCAGAGGAAAUAGAAAAGUAGAGAGGAAGCUCACGGGUUCUUGGGUUCUAGAUCUAGCAUAUCCCCUGAAGAGACCGCACCCUGUGAUGUGAGACCAUGGGAUGACAGUACUGACAAGAAAGAGCUUGAGGUAGCAUUACUCUCUGGACCCCAAAAUCAGAUUCAUGGUAAGACUGUAGUUGCAAUACUGAAACGGAUGUUCCCUAUAUGGCGUUGAUGGUAUGUCGUGAGCAUGAAAUUCUGCAAUUUCUGGUGCGGUAGGAGACAUAGACGGAGCUCCCAUCGAAUAUGAUUUUUCGAAGUCCAACUCGGUGCCAAACUCAACCGCAACGUCCACCUCUCAAUGCCCUGCGUGGCGUCACCGAUGGACACCGUCACCAAACCUGCCAUGGCCACUGUUGCCAGCGUCAGAAUCACCUACUCCAGCAACUCCGCUGCGGAGCGAGUGGCGUUGGUUCAAUUCCUCCAAGUCGCGGCACGUUCCUUUCGUGCUGGAUCCAGUUGUGAAGCCUGCAUUCUAUUCGGUGGAUUCGGCUUCAGAUUCCAGUUCUGUGUCAUGCGCUCCGAUGCCGAAAUUGGGGACAACAAGGUCGAAGAUGUCGAGAGUGGUGUUGAGAUCCCAUUGGGAGGAAUUGAUGGACAAGAGAGUGAAGGUUUGUGAGUGUAUGAUGCGUUCUCCGGAGUCAGAUCCGACUAGCUAUGUUUUUGAGCAAGUGGCGGGGUAUUUGGCUGCAAAGAAGCUUAGUUUUGUGUUGUUGGUAAAGGAUGAUGAGUGCGGGCCCCACUCUUACAUGGCCAUGGCCACAGCACCACCUAAAAUACCACAUCUCAUUUUUUUUAUUUAUCUUUUUUUAUUAUUCUUCAUACUUUAAUA